GGUUUAAUAUAUGUCAAGUUUAACUUAAAAAAAUAAAUUUGAUUAAUACAAAAAGUGGUAAAAAAUGAAAUAAAUGGACAAGCCGGCGAGAAAUCGAAAAACAAAGCCCCACUCAUCGGAGGCUCGGAGCUAAUUUAUCCCGCCGCACUCCGGACGCAAGAGCCGCAUCUGCCGGGAAAAUGUUGAGGCGAGCUUUAACACGCGCCGCCGGUUCGCUCCGGCAACGGCACCCCUGGAGAACGUGCGCGGCGUCGCAGUCUUCUUCGUCGUCACCAUCUGCUGCUUCCGCCACUGUAAACAAAGUUAUUCUCCGCUCCCUCAAAGAUCACUAUCUCGAAGUCUCAAAAAUGACUCCCCCUCCGAAAAUUAGCCCUCCUUCUCCAUUCACAGUGGUGAAGGGGGCACUUGAUAGUGGUGGUCCUGUUUUGACACGGACACAUGGCAACGAAGAGAUAAGUGUCUGUGUGAUGCGUUUGGCCAACAUAAUUCCUGGGGGAGACGAGGGAAACGAUGAUGAUGGUGAUGAUGGGAUUAAUCAACUGUUUGUUCAUGUUGACAUAUCUAAGCCAGGUCAAAAGGAGUCGUUACAUUUUCUCUGUGGCUUAUAUCCUGAUGCGUUGGGCAUUCAUUCAGUCACAUUGAGAGCUAAGGAGGAUAUUGGGUUUCUUGAAGCCUCAAAUAAAUAUGGAGGUCCAACUUUUCACUAUGGUCUACNCUGGUUCAAAACAAUUGGCACAUUCGUCGAUGAGGGUAAAACAGCCUCGUCUGUCACUGCCUAGUUUUCUUUACAUACUCAUAUCUGUGUAGAGUGAAGAAGACUGCUUGGGAAAAAAAGGGCUAUGAAAAAAGUUGUCAAAAUCAUUGGUUUUCUAAUGUUUCUGCAAGAAGGUUAUUCCAUUUGUUACUCACUUUGCUGCUAGUCUCUUAAUCCAUUGU